AUGAGAGCUGAGUCUGCUGGCUUCGUUGUGGCUGGCCAUGAUACGACGAGCACGACUCUCUGCUGGGGCAUCAAGUUCAUCGCGGAUGACCAAGAGGUUGAGCAAAAACUCUUCGAGAGCAUUCGGAGCUUUCACUCCGCAGCGGUCACUGAGAGUCGUCUUCCUACACAUUCUGAAAUUUGCGACGCGAACAUACCGUACCUGGACGCAGUUAUUGAGGAGAUGCUUCGACUUGCUCACACAGCAGCGAGUCAAGAUCGAGAGUGUAAAGAAGACACCGUCAUCCUGGGCCAUGUCAUCCCGAAGGGCACCACCGUUAUUAUCCCAAACAAGGGUCCAAGCUUUACUGAGCCGGGGUAUGAGAUUGACGAAGACCUGCGAAGCCCAUCUUCGAGAAAAGCAGCCACAGAUUUUGGAACGAGGGUCUGGGGCAGCGACGAAAUGGGCAAGUUCAAGCCGGACCGCUGGCUUGUACGUGAUGAGAAGGGCGGUGAUGAAUACAAUGCUUCUGCUUGA